AUGUCAUUUAAAACGGCCAUGAAGGAAGCUGAUCGAGCCCAGGGAUUGACACCCUUCGAGGACAUCCCCGAAAGUCUGAUUGAAAGGAAUCAGACAGGGAAGAUCGUCAAUGUACGAUCUCCAUCUCCGAACAGUCCCACUUCGAACCUGAAAAAACGAGUCAGAGAACUUGAAACCUUAUUGGAAGAAAAAGAGGCACAAGUUAUCAAAAAGAAACAGGAAUAUCAGAGCAAAUUGGGAUCGCUACAGACGCACAUAUACGAACUGGAACAACAACAGGGCGUAUUGGAAACUAAAGCGGAAGAAUGGAAAGUUCGAUAUGAACGUCAAGUGCAGAUCGCCAAAGAAUCGGUGAAGAUAGCCGAUGACAGGGAGAUGGAAGGCUACAUAGCUGUGAACGAACUUAAUGAGAGCAUGUCCGAAGAGACAGCUGAAAGGUCACGGCACAUAGCCGAACUGAAGGAUCAGUGUGACGAACUGCGUAAAAAGGCAGAUGAAGCAGAAGAGAAACGAACCGAAUACGCGACAAAAUUGGCUGAAGCGACCAAACGGCUAUCAACGGUGAAUAAGGACAUGUUCAAGCUCAGGAAUGACUUGAAGUCAAGAGAUGAGAAUAUCGAAACGCUCCAAAAGGAAUCGGCAGAUCAUCAGAAACGAGCUGAUGAUGCCGUUAAAGUGGCACAUGAUCUGCGCGAUCUUUUAGCUACCGAAGGGGAACGACUUAAAGAUGAGAUCAAGCAGGUCACUGAGGAGAACGCACAGCUCAAAGAAGCUGGCGAGAAGGCGGCCGAAUGGGGCCAAAGAUGGGAAGAGGAAGCACGACGACUAGAUAUGAAGGUGACAAAAGUCGAAGUGGAAAGCAAAGAACAUCAGAAAAAGAUCCGUGAGCUGACAGAUGAGAAUAUAAAGCUCAAUACGGAAAUAGUCGAUAUGACACAAACAGUGAUGACUCACCAAGACGAAGUCACCCAAUCGAGAACUCGACUGAAAUCGGCAGCUGAUGCGUAUGCUCAACUGGAACAGCAAAUGAAUCAGCUAAUUGACCAGAUUAAAGCGAGAGAUGGACGAAAAGAGUUAAACGCAGAGACGAUUCAGCGGCGAAUUUCGCCCACAUGCUCAAGCAGGAGCGAGAUCAGCUGCAAAUGGAAAACGAGCAGCUUAACACCAGAAUUAAACGUCUCGAAGAUGAGAACAAGGGCCUAA